UGCACCACACUGAACUUCCGUACAAACCAAACACAUCGAGAGUUUUUUUCUCUAUUCAUUUCCCUAAAACCCUAACAAAAACCUGCUCGCUCUCUCUCAAUUCACGUCUCCUUCAAUGGCUUGGCGCAACGCAGGAUCUGCUGCUCGUUCUUUCGUCUCCGCCACCGCUAGAUCACCGUCUCUCCGUUCUCCGACGACGGCCCUUCCUCGCCUCCGUCCUCCCCAAUCCUCUUUACCUGGCCGUCGCUUCACCUUUUCAUCACCUUCUAGGAAUCUAGGAGCACUUGGUUGCACACAGUCGUUCUUACCUCUGUACAGUGUUGUGGCUGCUUCUCAACUCACAUCUCACCUUAACGUUAAUUUGCGGGCUUUCUGCGAGCUGUCUAACGGUACCUUCCAACGAACUUGUCCGGAUCGCUAGUAGUCUUCUUUGUACUUGAAGAGGCAAAAGAGUGUCUUUUCACCGUGCAUGCGUGAAUCAGUACUUUGAAGGGAUGUGAGAUCGAAAUUGUGGGGUUACCUCAGCAAAAACUUGUUUGUUGUGUUGCUUUUUUAGAAGUUUUAGUUCCACAAUGUGUGGAUUAUUAGUUAUAGAUCUUUUCGUUUGCUUGGCACAAUGUUUUUUUUCAGAGAACAGUUUUUUGUUUCGGAAAAAUGCAUAACAGCAUUAAUAAGUGUAGAUCAGUACUAAAACAAUAAUGUUCCUGAUUCUUGUCUUUUUUCUUCUCUUA